GGCUGCGUGCCCGCCCCGGACCCCCGGAGCCCGCAGCCCCCCUCACCCCCCAGCAGGUUGAGGAGACCCUGCAGUACUUCCUCCUGUGCGCUGAGCGGAUGGUCAGGAUCACGAAGACCUACCACGACAUCGAUGCCGUCACCAACCUGCUGGAUGAGAAGGAGCGGGACCUGGAGCUGGCGGCACGCAUCGGGCAGUCCCUGCUGAAGCAGAACCGGAGCCUGACUGAGCGCAACGAGCUCCUAGAGGAGCAGCUGGAGUUGGCCAAGGAGGAGAUUGCGCAGCUGCGCCACGAGGUCUCCAUGCGGGAUGACCUGCUCCACUUCUACACCACCACGACAGAGGAGAGUGAGCCCACCUCUGCCACCUCCACGCCGCUGCGCCGGCAAGAGUCCUCGCUCUCCCUGCAGCAGUACUUCCAGUACGACACCUUGCAGCAGAAACUCAAGUGCCUGGAGGAGGAAAACCAGAAGCUUCGCAUGGAGGCCACCAACAUCGCAACGGAGACCUGUCGCUAUGAGGACCAGGAGCAGCAGCUGAUGAUCGACUGCGUGGAGCAGUUCUCUGAAGCAAGCCGGCAGGUGGCUUACCUCUCCGACGAGCUGGCCCGCAAGGUGGAGGACACGGCACGGCAGCAGGAGGAGAUCAGCCAGCUCCUGGUGCAGGUCGUGGACCUGCAGCAGAAGUGCCGCGCGUCUGCCUCAGAGGUGGAGGAGCUCCAGCAGCACCUGGCCGUGGCGAAUGAAGCGCGGCAGCAGCUCCAGACGGAGCUGCGGGACCUGCAGGAGAAGUACGCCGAGUGCGGCGGGAUGCUGCAGGAAGCCCAGGAGGAGGUCAAGAGCCUGCGCAGCCGCAGCCUGCCCAACAGCACCGUCAGCCGCUUCGGCGCACCCAGCCUCCUGCCUGUGGACUCGCUGGCAGCUGAGAUCAAGGGGACGAUGAGGAAGGGGACAGACAGCUCCUCCUCAGACUAUAAGAGCUAUCUGCGCAUCUUUGAGACGGUGAAAGCGGUGAACCAGGCGACCAAAGCCAAGACUUGCUCUGAGUCUCCUCACAACAUGCCGGGCUCCAAGCAGUUGUCAGCCGCCCCCUCCGCAGGCGCCAGCACCCCCCGCACCAGCUGCACCGGCUCGGAGGGCACCCAGGACAAGGGGGCCGGUGAGGAGCGCCGGGCGGCCCCGGGUCGGCAGGACCUGGAGGCGGCGGUGCAGCGUCUGUCGGCGCGGCAGCAGAGCCAUGCCUCGGAGGAGCGCUCCUUCUUCGAGGCGGAGCGGGAGCGCAAGCUGUGGCAGCUGCGGGAUGGGGAGAGCUCCAGCGGCUUCCUCACCCCCAACGAGAGCAUCAUCUCCACUGGGACCAACUACUCAGGGGGCUCGGAGCUCACCGUCGGCUCUGGCUUCUCCCUUGGCUCCCUCACCUACCUGCCUGACAAGCUGCAGAUCGUGAAGCCCCUGGAAGGCUCUGUGACACUCCACCACUGGCAGCAGCUGGCACGGCCCAACCUGGGUGGGAUCCUGGUGCCCCGUCCCGGGGUGCUCACCAAAGACUUCAGGCAGCUGGACACUGACCUGGAGGAGGUCUACAGCCUCAAUGAUCUGGAGGAGGACGAUGUGGACACCAGCUCCUUCCAGCUGCUCUCUACCUCAACACCUGCCAAAGCCAAGGAGCGCCCCGGGGUGUUCCUCUCUGUUAACAACCUCCCCCAGACCCUGUCUACCUUCACCAUCACCACCUGCCACAUCCUCCACCCCACCACUGAGAUAACCACGGUGACACCCAGUCUCUAUAACGCCGUCGUGCCUUCUUGUGGGCCCCUUGAGGGGCUGAGCCUCAGAUGCCCCUCACCAGAGUCGUCUUCCCCUGUGCUGGCGUCUGGCCCCGGACCCCCGAGCACCCCCGUGGGACUCAUCAGGCUCUUGCUGGUGCGGGGCAUCUCCUCUUCUGUGCCAGGGCCUGGGUCGUGGUGGCGCCCCCCACUCCCCUCCCAGGACCCCCAGCAUGCUGGCACCUGGCCCUCGCCUGCGGGCGGGGGGCAGGACAGACCCCUACCAAGGAGCAGCAUUUUCAGCUUGAACCUGGUAGAGAAGCUGCGGCGCCUGGGGCUGGACAAGGUGGUGGCCAGAGGGGAGAUGUCCUACACCCAGGGACAGCGCAGGGGAGCCCAGGGUGGGCUGACAUGAUGACGCUGCAAAGCCCCCAGGCUCAGGACAAGGUGUGUCCUCCAUCCUCUUCAUCGCCUGUCCGUGGGGAAAUGGAGAUGGGAUAGGCUUCCAGCCUCAGCUCCUGGUGAUGUCCCGGCAGCCCUCGCGGUACCGGCUUUGCCCUGGUGGCCAGGACCCAAGCCUUGCGGUGCCGCGUAGCCCCAGCGCGAUGUUCCCCUGCCCUGCGUUAUGCUGUGGCGGGGGUCCCAUGUGCAGGGAGCCUUGUGAUGCGAUGCUUGGGGGGGCUCUGGGGGGAGCCAGCUCCGGGCAGGGGCUGCGGGCUGAUCCUGGCCCCCGUUGUAGGGGUACGGACCCUUGGCAGGAGCCAGUUGCUGGCAAUAAAAACUGUUCUUGUUUCUGCUGAGCCUGUCCAAGCAGCAGCUCGGCCCUGCGGGGAUGUCCAGGCUGCUGCAGUGAAGGGCAAUGCUCAGCCUGGGCUCGGGUGGUCCUGGGGGGACCCGCAUGUGCUGGGGUGAGACCUCCCUGCCCUGGGCUGGGCCCCUGGCCAGCACCUGGGCUGACUUUUAAAGAGAAUGAUGGUUUUAAACUCCUUUCUGCUUACUGAAUAGCAGUAGCACCCCCAGCUCUGGGGACACCUGCAGUGGGUGUUUCUCGGGGGCGUAGCUGUGGCCCUGUCCCCUGUCAAAUAAAUGUGAAGUCAC